AUGGCUCUUGAUAAACCACAGGUGAUUAAGCUAUAUGUACACCGAGUUGUGAAAUCGUUGAUACCAGCCGAGUUAGGCGAAGAAUACAUACAAAGUGUUGCCCACGAAUUGUACACCUCCUUAAUCAACACACAACCUAUUCGUGAAGAUAUAUCCACCAUUAUCAAUAAUCACAAACAAACUUUUCUCAGUAAUGGCUUGAAACAAGAAUGGGCUCAAUUUCAAUCACUCGUCAAUUUGCUAAGUCAACAUCGAUCACUUGAUCAAAUUGCCAACUACUUGACGUUUUUCGAAGCCAUGCGUGAUGAUGAUGAUGAUGGACAAGCUGAACGUGGCGAUAAGCUAGAUACGGUGGCCGUAUCAUCACCAGCGAUAAACACCAAGGAUAAAACUUUAGCACAAUUGAUCCAACCUUACUACAGAUCCUUACCUGAAGAUACCAUCCUCACUUAUUUGCCAUACACUUUGAUGGGUCUUGACUCGAAAUUGUUUACAUUUACAAAUAACUACAAGCGGAUAGAGAUACCGCAAACGAUAAAUAAUAGCUAUAGCUCCCUAUUGAAAGGCUUAUUUGAGUAUGCAUUAUUAUACAAGCAAUUGGAUAUUUUCGUUGUCAAAAAUAGAGGCAAACAAGCACUGGCGAUAAAGGGUGCAUUCAUUGCAUUAUUGGAUACGAAGUUGAAGCAGUAUAGCCAUGACUUGAACCAAGUGUUUAGUAAACUGCCACUGAGUGUCUUGUCUGUCUAUCAGGAAAUUUAUGAAUGGAUCUUUACAUUACGAUUCUUGUAUCGUGCGUCGUUACGAAUGAUCGAAUUGGAUGGGUAUCAGUUUCUUAACCACAUUUACAAGUUCACUAAAUUUGGUGAUAAGCAUGUAUCAAGUAUUGCUAGUCUGACAUUUACUGAAAUUGUGAAACCUUAUUACAAUGUACUUGAGUUUUGGUUGAUCAAGGGGGAAUUGAUUGAUCGAAAUAGCGAAUUCUUUAUAUCGUUUAAUCAAGAUGGUGAGCAUUUCCAAUCGAUAAUCCAGUACCACCGUGACAAAGUCCCCGAAUUUAUCAAAUCAAGUGACCAAAUUUUUCAAAUUGGUAAAACACUAAUCUUUCUUGAAAAAUAUUGUCAAGAAUUGAAAUUUGUUGAUGAUUUUAAUAUCAAGUACUCAAGGGAGAUUUUCACCAACCAUAAUGGAUUAGCUUCAAUGACAGUUAAUGAAACCAUUGAUGUGAUCAACCGGCAAUAUAAUGAAGUACUCACAUUUUUCACACAACUUGUACAUGACAAAUAUCACUUGUUUACCCAUUUGCAAAAUUUCAAAAAUCUCUACUUUAUGGAGUUGAAUGAUUUCGUGGAAUCGAUAAUUAUCAAGGGAGAAUCAGCAUUCAACUUAACAUCAUUGGAAAUCACAUCGAGUCAAUUACAUCAAGUACUACACGAUGCUAUACAAAUCUCAUCGGUUAAAUUGCGUAAAGACAAUGUUGAACGUAUUGAUUCCAAAAUUUUCAACCCGCAAUUGGAAACAUUUGGGUGGGAUUCGUUCUUGAUUGAUUACAAGAUUGGUGAUUUGCCAAUACUGGAUCUUUUGCAACUGUCAAUGGUUAAAUAUCUCAAGAUUUUCCAUUUUUUUUGGAAAUUGCGUCAUUUACAAAUGCUUUUAAAAUCCAAUUACUUGGCGUUUGGUCAAUUGCAAAUGACAAUGACACCUCGUGUUAGAGGUAGCUAUAGAAAAUUGGUUAGUCAAGUCAAUGGAGUUGAUAUUAGGAGGCAUCAUUUGAUUAAAUUCUUGGAUGAUUUGGUGGGCUAUUUAUCUUACGAUGUGGUUGAAACUUCAUUUGAACGAAAUAUUAUUGACAAGCUUUGUCAUCGUGAUCAAACAACGGACAAGAAGCUAGUUUUGGAUAAACUGUUUAUGAAAUUGCCUCAAGCUGUGGAGGAGGAAAAAGACAUUGACCAAGAUACUGAACGAACCCCCAUGAAUAAAUUGACUAUCGAUGAGCUAAUCACAGUACAUGAGCGAUACCUUGACGAUAUCGUGUAUACAAAAUUGUUUAAUGGGUCAAUCAAGGGAGCCAAGACAAGCAUCAGUUUUAUUGAUCAGAUUUAUGAGAUUUUGCAAUCGAUUUUCAGAUUCAUAAAUACUAGUCAAGAGUACCUAUCCGUCAUUGAAACGUUCUUGGUAUUGAUAAAUAGUCAAGAAAGAGUACAUGAUGGAUCACUGCUGGAUCAAGAUGAAGAGUAUCAGCUAGAAAAGGAUAUUGAUGACGGUAUGAAAAGAAUGACUAAAUUGUGGAAGAUUCUUGAAGUGGACAUUUUCAAUGGUGAGUUUCAGAUAUUGGUUGAUGGGUUUAAAGAGGAUUUGAAGGUGGAUAAUGAUUUAAAAGAGUUUGGUAAAUGUCUAUAG